CCCAUUCAAUAUUGCCGUCUUCGUCUCGCCUAUCGCAACCGGGCCGAAACGCAACUCUAAAAUUCAUGUUUGGUCUAUUCGGCCCUAGGUUUUGGAGGUGCUUGGAGCGUGCACUCGAAAAAAAAAACAGUGCAUUGCUAGCUAAAAAAUAUUUAGUUUUCAAAAAAAAUUAUUAUUAAAAAAUAAAAAUAAAAAACAAAAAAAUUAUCUUCAACAACAAAAGUAAAAAUUAAAUUAAAACAAAAAAAAAAGUUUCAAUCAAAUGCUAUUUCGAAUUAUAAUCUUAUCAAGAAAAAAAAAAUUGCAUUGAGAACGACAAACGAAUAAUAAAAAAAAUAUAUUUGAUUUUUAGACAAUUUUCAUUGAUGAUUCAGUUGUGAAUUACUAUACGAAUCGGGAAGAAGUGUUCCGAAAAAAUAUUAUGAGCGAAGGUUAUAAUGUGAUUGGGUACCAAUACCGAAAAUAAUAAAAAACACUUAUUUGGAAAAAGGAACUGCGAUUAGCAAGAAGUGUUUGUUUGUGCGAUUGAAUUGUUUAAAGGAAUAGAAGUGGAUGGGAAGAGGAAGUAUACAUAAAUUGGAGAAAAAGGAUACUGAGCAUAAAGAACUUCGAUCCGAAUUAACGAGAAGAGUUUUUAAUUUCUAAUUUAAUUUGUUUCUAUUUUUUUUGGUAAAUUGUAAAGAAUGUUGUGAUUUGUUGUUUAUUUUUGAUUUAAGUAAAAGAAAAAGUGGUGAACGAAAGAAAGAAAGAAAAACUGUAAAAACAUCCCCUAAACGCAAAUAAACCAAACAAACAAAAAAACAAUUUUCGACGAGUGAAAUAAGGAAAUUUAAAAAAAAACAUUUUUUCGGUGAUUGAACCAAAACAAAACGAAAAAUAAUAAUAAAAAAGAGGAAAACGAAUAAAGAAACGUGAGAAUGAAUUUUGAUGAUGUGAACAAGCAAAUCUAUCGCAUUCGCAAAAUUGGAUUAAAAAUGCGCUAAGAUUCUUUCUGACAAUAAAAUCUAUAAUUUGUCCAUACAAUUUGGAAAACUUACAUGCAAAAUAAAUUUCGAAUUGUUUUCUAAAUGGUUAUGAAUAUGAAUAUUCGGUGCAAAUAAAAAAAAAGUUUUGGGAAGUAGUUUGAGUGGAAAAUUAUCAAUUUUGGAAUUAUAUAUCUUCACGAACGCCGAGUACUGAAAAAAGGAAACCAUCAUGGAUCCACAACAGCAAUUUUGCCUGAAAUGGAACAGUUACUCGUCAAAUCUGGCUAUGACAUUUUCCAAUUUAUUCAAAUCGGAACUGCUGGCAGAUGUCACGUUAUUCUGUGGAGGAACUGUUUUCAAGGCUCAUAAAUUAAUACUAGCAGCAUGUUCGAAAAAUUUCGCCGAAUUAUUCGAAACGGCUCCGACGAGCGGCUCCUGCGUGGUGAUAUUAGAAGCAACGUCAGCCGAAAAUAUGUCGGCCUUGUUGGAAUUCAUGUACAAAGGAGAAGUGCAUGUAUCGCAGGAAGCGCUAAAUAGUUUUCUGAAAGCAGCUGAAAACCUACAAGUCAAAGGUCUGUCGACCGAGCAUGGUCGAUUGGCUGCGGCCCAGUCUCAAUCUCACGAAACUCAAUUAGACACAUCGUUAAAUCGUCGGCAACAGCGUAACAGCCUGUCGGGCGGCUCGACGCCAUCGACGCCAGUGCACACAGCGCAUACAAGUUUAAAACAGGAAUGUGAUUCGAUAAUGCAUCCGAGCAGUUCGUCUCUUGGAGGUUUUUCACCGUAUCUACCACCGAUGUAUCGACCGAUUACGUUCGAUGCGGCCAGAAAACGACAUCUACGAAGUCCGUUCACCGAACAGGAAAUAUCGCGACAAAGCGUACUGCGAGACGGUUCGAAGGGCAGUGCCGAGAGUGCAAGUCCUGUUAGUAAGGGAUAUCGACCUGCCAGUAGUGCAUCAUCAACGGCACCCACCGAAGCAGAUACAAUGCAAACAGAAAGAGCCUCACCUCAAUCAAGUAGAUAUGAAAAUCACAGCCCACCAAGUACAACUGCUGGAAACGGAACAAACACAAUCUCAGAAUUGAACGAUCGAACGGAACGGAACGGUGGAAGUGCACAGGAACAUGACGACGUUAAAGAUAACAAAAAUUCAAAUAGUGGCGCUCAAGAUUUGCGAAUAAAAAUGGAAGUUGAAUACACGACACAACCACCGACCUCAAAUUCUGGACUGCCAACGCCGACAUCAUUGGUCAGCUUUAAAAAUGACUCUGGUUUACCCGGUGGUCUUGCGGCUUCAAUAGCACCUGCCGAUAUGCUCAACGUUUGGAACGCCACUAAAUUGAAUAGCAAAGGAGGGACAGUUAAUACAGCCGAUGGAAAAAAGUUAAAGUGCCUAUACUGCGACCGACUCUACGGCUACGAAACAAAUUUACGAGCUCACAUACGACAACGUCAUCAAGGUAUACGAGUGCCAUGCCCGUUCUGUGCCAGAACAUUUACUAGAAACAAUACGGUUCGACGACACAUCGCUCGCGAACACAAACAUGAAAUCGGUUUAAAUCAAUUACAAGCGGCUGGUCAAAAUCAUGCGACCUAAAAGUGAAUUUUUAACGACAACAAAAAGGUAAACAAAAAUUUAAAGAAAUCAACAUCAACAACAUCAAUACCAACACAACCGCUGCCAUUAGUUUAGCUUGAACUACAAAAUGGAAUGUUCAGCAAAAACUUAUAUAUUUCAACAACAGAGGGGGGAAAAUUAAUUUUUUUCGUCUCUCGCGUUGAUUAUCCCACAAAAACCAAUAUUUAUAUUGGAUUGAACCCUUAGUAGUAUAUGUGAAUUUUGAUAAAUGAAAAUUGUGCAAUAAACUUUGAGAUGUUAAUGAGAUGAUAAAUACAAAAAAUAAAUAUCACAGAACACAGCUCCUAAUGAAGAAUGUAUUGCAUUUAAAUACAUUUUUUUUAAAUAAAUAUAUUUCUGUAUACAAUCAACAAGAUGCAUUUAAAUAGAUGAAAAAAACAAAUAGUUACCGUUAUACAACAAGCAAAACUUAUCCUGUUCACCGCAAGUGUCAUUAGUAAUGAAAGAAAACAAACAAAAAAACAAAAUAAAAAUGAAGAAAAACAAGAAAUUUUUAUAUUUAAAUUUAAUUAUAAAAUUUACCGUAAAAUGCAAUAAAUAAUUUUUUUCUUUUGUUUUUAAUUUUAAUUAAAGAAAAAAAUAGACAAGAAAUUUAAUGUUUAAUUUGAACAUUAAAAAUAAAAACGUGAACUCAUGUACCUGCCUCAAUCUAAACAAAAAAAUAAAAAUGAAAAAAGUAAGAAAAACAACUAAAAAAUGAAAAAAGUAAAAAAAAUGAAAAACUGAAAGUGAAAAUAAAGAAAAAUCCAAAAAUGUACAAACAAAAUGUGUGCUUAAUGCAACUUAGAGCAUCAUUUUUUGUAAAAAUUUGUAUAUUUUUAAAGUAAAAAAAAAUAUUUUAAAAAAAGUAAAAACAGAAAAGAAAAUAUUUUA